AUGAAAGUUGUUCGAGUUUUGAAUUUAUGGAAGAGUCAUGAGAUAUUUGACGCUGCAAAACUGCGCCCUUGGCUUGAAUACUGCAGCAAUGUCCAUGGGCUCGAAGAACAUUUUACAGAAACGGACUUUGUGACCGUGGAAAAAAGUGUCAAAGGCGAACAAGCUGACUUCUCAAUUUACAAUCGUGUCCCAGGUCGUACUGAAAAACGGAAGAUCGUUGAACCGCGCUCGCCACAAGAGAUUCGAUCACGAACGCCGCCUCCGAUGACACGAGAGCCAAGCGAUGAUGCUGUGGAAGGUGGCGUAAGUGAAAAAGAAACGCUUGCAAUGCUGACAGCGAUGAAUUUGGAUCUAAGUGGCAUGUUCAGUUCUGAUCCAUCGUUGUUGCAGAAAAUCAGCAAAUUAGUAAACAACAAACUUACUGAACGACGAGAAUUGGAUUCGAAGAGGCAGGGGAGUAUUAAGAAUCUGUUGUCGAGAGAAUUUGACUAUAGCGAUGAUGAGGAGAGCGGGGACGAUGAAUCAAGUCGCAAAUUGGAGAUUGAUACAAAACCUGCGGAGCUGACAAAGCAACAGAUUAUCGGGUACUCAACAUGA